CCCUUCGGACCGUCCGGGCGUGUUGUUCCUUUGGCCAACCGGCGACCCAUAAAGAAGCUAUUUUUGCUUCGUGUCGCGAUUCGUCAUACAGCGUGCGCACUUUGUCAGUGAUCGUUCGCGGAAAAUUGGACCGAAGAAAAGUCUACUCCACUGGACGGAAACAUCAUGAAAGAGCAGACCCUUCAACUGACCGCCGACGAACGUGACGCGAAAGAGUACUUCACCACGCUGUUUGCGGCAUUGAAUACACCCUGCGAUGAGGGCACCGGGGCCGACCUUGAGGCCCGCCUGCCUCCCUGGUACGACGACGCCAAAUUUAAGCGCGGCCAGCGAUUCUACGCCGACAAUCGGUUCGGCAUCCUGCAGGCCUCGUUCUGCAGCCUCCUGGUGUUGCUGGCCGACCCGAAGGGGUUGCGCAUCCUGGAGCACACUGGCCGCUCGAGCACUGUCGAGACGGCCCGCAAGCGCUACGUGUCCACCUUCAUCCACCUGAGCGACUGGUACGAGUGCGAACUGACACCGGGCUCAAGAUCGUGGAAAUCGCUGUCCCAGGUGCGCCGGAUGCAUCUGAGCGCGUCGCGGAGCGCCACCAAGCGGCAGCUCGGGCACAUCAACCAACCGGAAAUGGCGUUGACCACGUUCGGUUUCAUGGGGUUCCCGCUGGUGCGACCGCAUCUGCUCGGCAUCCGGUACGACAACCGGGAGGAUCGGGAAGCGUUCGUUCACGUGUGGGCCGUGAUCGGGUACAUGCUGGGGGUUCACGAUCGCUACAACAUGUGCCUGCCCCGGCUGGAGGUUGUGGAGAUGAUCUGCCGGAUGGUGAUGCGGUAUGUGUUCGUUCCGUCGCUGCAGCUCGAGUCGCCCCUGUUCCGGCAAAUGGUUGGUGCGAUCGUGGACGCAUUUGACGGCUACAUGCCGUUCAUGUCGUACGAAAGUGUGGCAUUCCUGACGUGCCGGCUCGUCGGCAUUCCCGGGUACCAGUACGCCGUCGACCGGAAGAAGGAGUUUAUCUGCCGGGCGAUACUGACGCGCGCCGAACUGGACGCCGUGCUGGAGUGUAUGGGGGCGAAGGACGGCUACCGGCGGGUGUUCGCCAUGUAUCGGGCCAUUUUCUGCGAUCGCCUGCGGCUGUACAGUGUGAAGGAAACGUACGGUGCGGAGGUCUACCAGAACUACUUGGAGUCGGGUGAGGGAGUAAACGGCACCUACACGAAGCUGCGUACAACCGACGAGAACGACAACGAGGCAAUGCCGGGAGCGAUGCCGAAGGGUUCGGAGCAGGAGCUGCGCGAGCUGCUGGGCCUCAAACACAACCAGGAGCUGAUCGUGACGCACAUCGACGACGAGGACGAGUGGGACACGUACCUGAACGACAGCAAACUGAAGCUACUGUCGCCGGGCGGCCAGAACAACGUUAAAAUGACCAUUCGGACGCUCAACAUGUGUUACAACCCGAUCGGACGCUUCGUGAAUGAGUCGGUCCUUUCGGUGAUCCUGUACCGGGUGCGAAAGUUACAGGCCAAGUAAUCGCACCCACGAACCUUACAAUGCAAUAUU